CCAGGUAAAUAAUAUUAUUCAUAUUCGCAGAACGAUACCGAUCGAGAGGCCGCGUUCCACGACGCCGAUAAACCCGACGCUGCUCGACGAGUUUGUGAUGCAGACGUCCCUCGACGAGCGUCGUGUUGAGAAGAUGAAGAUAUCGUUGCCACGGGAAGAAAGUUUCAAGCUGAAAAGUCCGCGGAAACACGCGGCGAACACGUUCAUGGAGUUCGCCGGCAAGGUGCCUGACGGGGGACGGAAGAGCGCUGGUAAAUCGCCGAGUCCUCCUCCACUGCCACCGAGGGCCACGGCUAGGCCAAGCAACUGGAUCAACUUCGAGGAGAUACCGGAGAAGAGGAAAGCGCCGAAAAGGAUCCAGACGAUCCCUCGACCUGAGGACGAAGUGAAAUCGGGUGGAUACAACUACGUUCAACCGGAGGAAUGCAGGUGCGAGUGCCAUGAGGAAUCGCGGCGGGCGUCGAUGAAGGAAUCAGCCGCGACGAGAACCUCCUCCUCUUGCAGCAGCAACGGGGAGAGGCCCUGUAACGGCGACAACUGCACGGUACCUACGUCGACGUCCAUGGAUCGUGCCAGCAUCGUCAGUGACAGCUCGCUGGAGUAUAGCCUGAGCAUCGAGGAGAACACGACGCAGCCGUUGUUCACCAGCUCGACGAAGCCGUUCAGCAUCGAUCUGGACGUUAGGUCGAAUCGGUCCAGUAUCGUAUCCCAGGACGAGACUGACGAGACCCUGCACCAAUAAUAGUUUUUUUCACGGCACGCCUCGCCUUAUUAAUCCUCCUGUUAAAAUGAAAAAAGGAAAAAAAAAGAAAAAAAAAGAAGAAGAAGAAGAAGAAGAAGAAAUUCUCUCCUCGUUGGGAACUGUUCUCGAGCCAACACUGUUCUGGUUUCCUCUUUUCGCCGGUCCGCUCUAGAAGAAUCGCGUCGUCUACUUGGAUAACGAAUCAACUCUGCUCUCUCCUCUAUCUCUCUCUCUUUUUCUCACUCUCUCUCUCUCUCUCUCUCUCUCUCUCUCUCUGUCUCUCCCUCUCUCUUUCUGUCUCUGUCAGAGAUGCUUUUUUAUUAAACUCCUCCUCUUCGAGGUCGUAAACGUCUUACGAUUCACUCGUCUAUGUGUCAAUUUUAAUAGUGGAGUUUUAUCGCUCGUUUUACUGUCGCAAUGUCUGGUAUAGUGGACACGCGUGUAUCGAGUCGAGCCGUGUUUUUCACUCGAGCAACAACGAGCAACACAUUUUGCUCCUCGUUGCUUCAGCGAGAACACGCAUUAGCAAUAUAUAUAUAUGUAAUGUUUUGGUGAUCGGAUUCGAGAUGACAGAGUCGUUCGUUAUGCGAUAGACAUCGUGUCAAACGUGUUCAGAGUCUCUCGUCUAUGUUUUGUGACGCGUGGUUUUAUGGAAGGAUCUGCAAAUUCGAUCCCGACCGUGUAUUCCCCGUGACUAUCAGGACAUCUGUCGGUUUCGUACAAAAUGAAACGGUUGGCAUUCAAAUUAGACGUUAGAAUUUUACGUUUGUUUAAAAUUGUAAACGAACGUAUGUGUGUAGCUACAAUAACGUGAAAAUUGAUGAAGAUAUUGAAAUAACAAUAUAUCAUUCAUAAUAUAAUAUCAUGAUAUAUUGUUAUUUCAAACGAAAGAUUGUGAUCAUUUCGAAGAAUAAUUUUCAAAGAUUCCAUCGAUGCCCUGAUACUCGCGCCACGGGGGUGCACACGGUUGAAAUCUCCCUCGACUUUUCUCGACUCGUUGGCUACAAAUCAAAGCUGUCCUGCCCUUGUUUUCUCGAGACAUCACACGGCUAAACAUCGAACGUUACUGCUGUUUAACGGCGCUUCGUAGUCGAUUUUAUGAGAAACGUGUCACGGAUGCUCCACCGCAUUUCUCGCUAAGUAUCGUUCAACAUACACAGACACAUUACACACACUUGUACAUACCUUGCAACAGUCAUUCGUUCGAGAAACUAUUUUUUUUUUCUUUUUCUUCUUUUUAGUCUAAGGGUAUAACCUUCCACGAGAACUCGUUUGUUCCUUCGUUCCGCUAGACUCGCGUGUUACCUCCUAAAGCGAGAACAAAGGCAUGCUUGCUGAUGCGCGCGUGAUUGACCAAAUGCUUCCAGGCGAGAACCUGUGGCCCGAGACGAAGACGCGAUAUGUACGUCUCGCGAGCGAUGACUUUAAGGAAAGCCUCGAUAUCAUUGAAGCUCUGUUGCGAAACUGCGAGAAUAACCAAAUAACGUCGACGCUUCUUCGCGCUAGAGAGAAAUUAUAACCGGUUAUAUAUAGUUUUCACGAUCGCGUUUAGAUCGCCCUGGAAAGUACAGAGGACAAGCGUGCCUCGGAUAUCAUCCGAGCAAACUUCGUCGCAACGAGCUCCCCUCCUAAACGCGUUUCGUAGACCGAACACAAAGAGUGAGAGAAAGAGAGAGAGAGAAUAUUUUGUUUGACUGCACGGCGUGAGAGGGGCGUUCUCGUGCGACGAAGGGAGAUCACUUCGAUAGCUUCAUAUCAUGUAGAUAGACCUAUAGUAUAUCUGUAAGUAUCUCCGCAAGUGUAAAGAAUUGUGUAAAGAGUCUCAAGUUCGUCGAGGCGAACGAUUGUUACCGCAGGUCCCCUCCCGGACUUUACUGCGAGAAAUGUGUUCUAUUAAAGCGAAAGGCGAUUGAUCUUCGACGCGAGAGUCGAAGAGCGUGAAGAACGUUCGGGCAUUGGAUUUGUAUCAAUGGCGAACCGUGUUGUUUGCGAUCGCAUUUGUGCGUGCGUGUGUGCGUGUGUGUGACGAACGUGUGUGCAUUCGAUGCACCCUGCGUGGUGCAUAUCAUUCUCAUAUCCAUUGAAAAUCUCAUUUCUCCUCGAGUUCGCCGUGUUCUAUUCGAGCUUCGAGUGUCAGAAAAACGGAAGCUUAUCUUCAAAGUCGUCGUUCGAAAGGGGAAAUGUAGCUGAUCUAUCUCCAGUGGCUCUGCUGAGAAACAGCGAAAAGCGAACGUAUCGAUGUCAGGAAUUUAAGCACGACGAGGUCAAACGAUAGGGAAUUGAUCUGAUUUCGUUGAGAUUGGUGUGCUUAGGUUGCUCAGUAUCGCGUUACUGGAACAAACCUUAUCGUUACAUGAAUAUUAGGACACUUUCAAAAAUUAGGAAUGAUUGAAAUAUUAUUAAGAAUACUUACUUACGUUGAAAACUCUUGAUUUAGAACUGUGAGAUAUAAAAUAGGAUAGUUGUAAGAUAAUUGUCUGGGUCAGAAGCUUGAAUGAAGCUUGUAAUUCGCUAUCAUAAAUGUUGUUACGAGCAAUUUUCAAACGAUCUACGUCUGAAAAGAAAUUAUUUAACUUGUUAUAACUGUACUGGUGUGACAAACACUAUCAUACAUAAAUAAUUUGGACACUCGGUGCAAUUCCAUCAAGAGUUAAAUAUUCAAAUAUUUUUUGAUUGACAAACAUUCUUCUACUAUUAAUUUUCUGCAUUUUCAAGUUUCAUAUUCAUUUCUAAUAAAUAGGUGAUGCUUCGUAAAAUCUGUAUGAACUUUUCUAAUAUGAUUAGAAACACAUAUUUCAGUCGUUUUAAGUCAACAAUGAAGAUAUAUUUAAAGUCACUCUGCAGAGUCUUUAGCCACUUUAUAUUGUUAUAAUAUUCCUUUUUAUCAAUAUCCAUUAAUUGCAUCAAUACAAUAGACAGUCACUGUCCGCACUUUGUUUGAUAUUAUACAAGGUGUGAUUUUUUUUAAAAUUAUAUCAGUCUUGUCUCACAAUUUUUCUUAGAUAAUAAAUUCAUUCAAUGGUAAUCGUACAGUUACAUAAAAAACAUGAUAUGAAUACUGAAAGAAAUUGCAAGAAAGAAUAUUUAAAUUAAAAAGAUUCGUUUGAAUUGUAUUUUUAGAAAUACCAAAAACCAAAGAGAUUGAACUGGUUUUAAUUGCAUCUACAGAAGUGUCCAAAUACUUAUGCAUAGAUAAUGUAUAUCACAGCUGUAGAUGUAUUUUAAUAAUGUUGAUCACAGUUUUCUACUCGUAAAAAGAAAAGUUUGUUCAACUAACGUCAAUGUUAGUAAUUAUUAUAGCUCAAUAGUAACAGCGUGCGUAUGUUACUUUAUUUUAGACAGUUGUUCUGUUGCUUAUGUAUCAUCGAUAAGUGUCCUAAUACUUGUGAACGUAAUCCAAAUUGUUCGACAACUUUUGAACGAUGUCCAAACUUUUCUUCUAGAGCAUCGACACCUGUUUCGUUGUUUCAGUAAGCGCUUCGAAGACUUGUUUAGUCUGCUAUGUUUCAAACCUUAGAAAAAAAAAAAAAAAAACAAAAAAAGAAAUGAAUGCCGCAGAAAGAUUCUGUUCCGCAGAAGUCGAAUUGAAGAGUACAAGGUAAUAGAAGUAAUUGUAAUGCUGUCCGAUCCUCGUUAACCGAGAGAAUCUUGUUAAUCGAUUGGACGGAUCGUGUCGAAACGUAGUGAAUUCACAUGAGUGCAUUUGAACGCGCGUCAUAGAAAAUCUUUAUGUAUAUACAAUGUUACAUGUGUGUGUGUUAUACGAAACAUUUUGAAACUUUACUGAUUGACAUUGUAGUGAGAAAGAAAAAAAAGAUUGGCAACGUUACUAAAUUUAACGUUAUGCGAUUUUUAACACUGAUGAGACUAGACUGCGGAUUUGGGAAAAUUGAGAUUCCAAAAAUCACCAGGUACAUUAUGCAAAAAAUACAUAAAAUAUUUAAUAGUAGCCACGUAAAGAUAUUUAAACUUAUACUAUUUAAUAGAUGAGACAAGUUUUUAUUCUUAUUUUUCUAGUGAUGGCCUUACUGCAGUGCUAUGAGAUUUCUAAUGGCUAGUGACAAUGAAAACGAAUCAUAAUACGCAUGGAUAUACGUGUGCGUUCGUUUAUGCUUGUUCAUUUGCAAAUUUAUCUCUGUUUACUUUUCUCUUUGUGAAUUUAUGAUCGCUGAUCGUUUCGUCGUAGGCAGCAAAAAAUCUGAGUUUACAAAUUUCGUAAUGGGACGUGUUAGUUAGUAUUUUUACUUCUCAUCUUGGAAACGUGAUCAAGAAAUAUUUUCCAAUUAUGUUUUCGAGAUGUUUCCAACUGUAACACACACAUUCGCAAAAAGACACACUACGAACGUUCAAGUACCUCGGUGAGAAUGCAUUGUAUAUCAGGUUCUAGCGUAAGUAGCGAUUCCCGUGUGAAUGAAAGAAGGAAGAGGAAGGAAGGUUUCCGCUGAAAUUGAUCCGCUCGAGACCCCUUCGUACCUUUCCUUUUGCCUUGUUAAUCGACGAUUAACCAAAUCGUUAGCAGGAACCAAUUAGCUGUAUCGAUCGAUCGUCGCGAUUUAACGAUACCGUAGUGUACUCUUGUCGGAGAACCCUGGAAAGAGUGUGAAGUUUCUCUUCGGUGAGGAAUCGAAAGAAGCGAGAUUUUUCAGUCGAGUUUUGUCGUCGACUUUCUCACCACGUGGCAACGUCUGUCUCGGACAUAACCAAACAUUUCCAGGGAUAACAAAACUCGAGGGAAAAUGUUUUAUUGGAAAUAUAUUAUACAAGAUCGACUAGUGCAUCAAAUGACUUUUGAAAGUAGGUCAUUUUGUUGAAUGCUGUUGAGGAUACUUGUUUAUAUGUUGGAUGUACAAUGGCGGACGAAAGAAAGUAUAAAAGGUAAAUGGUACGAGAAGAUACAUAAUUUAAAAGAAAAAAAUUAUUUCGUAGAAGAGAAUUAAUAAAAAAGGAUUGAAGAAAGAGAAAGAAGAAUUAAAGAAAGUUUAAAAACCAAAUGGUACGAGAUAAUCCAUAAUUUAGAAGAAAAAAAAAUUAAAGGAAGAAAGGAAAAGAAGAAUUAAAAAAAGUUACACGAGAUAUGAAAACUCAUUUUAUAAUACUUAUACAAAAAUUGUUGGACUGCGGAUUUUUAUGCAAUUUUCGUAUUUUUGAAAAUACAAUUGAAAAAAAUGCAAAAUAGAGGUAGAGAAAUUGUUUUUUACGUGCCAAAUACUGUAUAAAGCACACUAUAUUACAUUUUUUCACAUUGUGUGCAUUCUGUACUGUUUAAUUUUAUUUGUAAAACUCCGUAAUCUAGCUGUAACUUAUUAAUACGUUCCAAAACGUUAUAAAAUUUGGACGUGAAACGAGUGAAAAGUAAAAUCAAAUGUCGCUAUCAAUUCUAUUAACUCUCUGUUUGUGAGGAGUUCGGUAAUUUCCGAGACAGACCUUGUGCAUUAACGUAGACUGUGUUCAAUUACGUUGUAACGUUCGUUCGAAUUAUUGU